GAGCAGACCGUGACGUGUACCGUCAGAGGGCGCGCUGUCGCCCCUGCGCUAUCACGUUCCGUAACUCCUCCUACUUGAGGAAAAAUAACCAAUCAGAUGUUUUAAACAGAAUCGUUUGGCGCUUCCUGAGGCGUUGUCAAGAUUGUGAGGUUGAAAGGCAAAAGUAAAAUUUAGGAUAUUUAAUGGCUUACAAAGAAUGUUAUACAUCUUACAUUUAUGUAUAAAACAAUCGAAAUUGCAUCUCAAACUAUCUUAAAUUAUACAAGAGGAGAUAGUCAUGAAUUCAGAGAAUUCAGCUCCAACAUCAACUUGUUCUGUUGCUCCAGUUGUAAAUUCAAAUGAUGCAGGAGUUGGAACAACAGCAUCUGUUGCUAUGACGUCACUUCCUCAUUCUCUUACAGCUUUAUCAUGCACCUCUUCCUCACAAGCUAUUAUUUCAACUCCUGUUACAUCAACGAGCUCAUCUCCUUCAAAUCAAGCAAUGCUCCAACCACCACCACCUCCUACACCAGUGCCUCCCACUCCUGCUCCUGCAGUAGUUGCUCCUCAGGCAUCACCAGUUCAUCAGAAUAUGGUACAUCCACCAUUUUCUAAUGUGACUCCAACACCUUUAUCNACAAUAAUUAAAAACAAUUAA